AUGGCUUGGGAAUUUCCUGAGCGGCCGUCGGGGAAGGGCUUGCUGUGGAAACAGAUCUUCCAUAUCGAGACUAUUACCAAAUGGGGUCCCUCAGGAUCUGCAACAAUUGCAUCAUUGCGAGUGACUCGUCUCCUCGUAAAACACAAAAAACCUUUCACUGAUGGGGAAAUUUUAAAAUCUUGUUUUUUGGAAGCUGCCGAUUCACUAUUUGAUGGUAUGAAAAAUAAACAGGAAAUUUCAAAUUGCAUCAAAGAGCUUCAGCUCUCAAAACAGUCAAUUGUCAGAAGGGCUGAAAGCAUUUCUGAAAAUGUUCUUUCGCAGUUAAAAAAGGAUCUUUACGCAUGUUCGUGUUUUUCUCUACAGUUUGACGAAUCAAACGAUGCUAUUGAUAUCGCCCAACUAUGUGUAUUUUCCCGUUUAAUCUUCCAUGAUCUAACUGUCAAGGAAGAGUUAUUUGCUAUUAUACCUAUGAAAGAAAGAACAACUGGUGAAAAUAUUUAUAAUUCUUUCAAAACGUUUUUGUUAUCAUUCGAAUUAUUACCGUUAAUGAAGAAACUUGUAUCCAUAACAACAGAUGGAGCCCCUGCAAUGAUUGGGAAUCAAAAUGGAUUUAUUGCAUUUUGUCGGAAAGAUGAACAUUUUCCGAAAUUUUUAUCAUAUCAUUGCAUCAUUCACCAACAUGCAUUAUGUGGGAAAAUGUUAAAUUUCAACUAUGUUAUGGAGACAACAGUUAAAAUUAUUAAUUCCAUCCGAGCCAAGCCCCUACAAAGAAGAUUAUUUCGACUUUUUCUAGAACAAGUCGAUGCAAUCUAUGGCGAUCUACCUUUACAUUGUGACAUAAGAUGGUUAAGCAAGGGAUUAAUUCUCAGUCGUUUCAGAGAAUUAUUAUCAUACAUUAAAGAAUUUUCUAAAGAAAACAACAAGAAUUGGCAUUUUCUUGAAAAUCCUGAUUGGCUAAUAAACUUGGCAUUUUUAACCGAUAUUACCAGCAAACUGAAUGAACUCAAUUUAGAAUUACAGGGAAAGAAUAGAUAUAUUAUCGAUAUGAUCAGUUCAAUAAAUGCUUUCAUAAUGAAGUUGGAAUUAUGGAUAUCUCAAAUCAGAAAAGAAAAUUUUACCCAUUUUCCUAACAUUGAAGAUGAAUUCACAAAACAACUUGUGAAUAAAAAUCAUUAUGUCAAUGAAUUUGCUAUGGUACUAGAAAAAAUAAUGAACGAGUUUAAUAACAGAUUUAGCGAUUUCAAGAAAAUUACUAUAUUAUGCAGUUUCUUUGUUUCUCCGUCCAUGGAUGUAGACAUCGAAAAUAUUUCAGAAGAAUUUAGCAAGAUGUUUGACGUUGAUCGAAGAAAAAGUCAAAUAGAAAUUAUAAAUCUAAAAAAUGACAUCACUUUAAAAUUACAUUCAAAUGUCAACAUGUGGAAAUUUAUGUCUCAGGAAAAAUAUCCAAUUUUGAUUGAUUCGUAUCAACGAAUUCUUUCAUGCUUUGGAAGCACAUAUUUAUCCGAAACAUUAUUUUCAAGUAUGAAAAUGAUAAAAUCUCAACACAGGACACGUUUAACGGAUGACCAUCUUGGGGAUUGCAUGAGAAUAGCAAAAGCUUAUACGAGCCAGAAUUUGAAAUAA